AUGGAGGAGCAGGCCGUGGCCCAUACCACUCUCCAUGCAGAAAAGCCCCUUCCAGCAGAAUCCCACAGCCCCUCCAGGAUAUUUGGGGCCAUCUUCUCCAUUAUGUUGACCUGUGGAAUUAUCUGCAUCACGGUGGCAGCAACGGUGAGCUUCACCCAGGUUUCGCCCAAGCCACUUUCGCAAGUAAUGCGACUAAACUUCCAGAAUCGUCCGGGAUCCUCGAUGAACCAGUCUGUGGUGGUCAGCAAGGCCAAGAAAACCAUCACCUACUACAUCACAACUUCCAGUAACCAAACCACCGCCAUCUUGUUUGAUUGCAAGAAUGGUUAUGUCUGUUAUAAGCUGUCGGGGCACAGCAAUUGUUACCUGAAGAGGAUGAAUGCCCAGGAUCAGGAUGCUGCCCAAGCCUCCUUCAACCUAUCAAAACACAAGGAGGACCCACUGCUGCUUCCCAACCACGGCUCCCAAUACUACCGGGAAUUCUUAGGGGUUGUGCCAGGGAGCUUGGUGCAGCCGGCGGAGGCAGGAGAGGCUGCCCGGGCUCUGUGCAAGCAGGUGCCCAUCCGCUGGGUUAAGAAGAAAGAUGAUCCUCCAAAGCAGCGGCUCAUCUACCUCUGCAUUGACAUCUGCUUCCCAAACAACAUCUGUGUCUCCAUCUGUUUCUACUACCUUCCCGAGUGAAGGUCCAAAGAGACCAACAUCCGCGGUCCGGCUCGGCUACCCUUGAACCCAAUCAGGACCUGAAGUCAAAUUCCCCCCUCCCCCCGUGCUUGACCCAAAUCCUCCAGCCUCCCAAGAGAGCCUCCCACCUCCUCAUUCAGGACUCUGGAUCAGCCAGAAGGAAAACAACUCCACUACUUGGUCAUCUUGAUACAUAUAUACAUACAUUUACGAAGUUUGUCGCUUUCAACUGUAACCUGUAAAUAAUUGUUUCUGAUAGAAGUAGCUUAAUGGUGAAGGUCAGAUCCAUACAAACAUUAUGUGAAAGAAAACCU